UGACUGAAUUUUAUGGACGUGGUCCCAUACAAAAUUAGCAAAAAUGUACGCUCUUUAUACUACAUACUAAAAUUUCCUUGGUUGGGUUGCUAUGUACGCUAUAUAUAAAGAUAGAAAACCUGUUUGCUUAUUAGUUAAAGUGCAACUCUUUACGUUCUACACUUACAUUGAAAAAUGUGUAUGAGGUAGCCGUAUCAUUUCUGUAGCUACAUAACCAGUUAACAACAAUAACAUGAUUGGGCCGGACAAAGAGUUGAAAAUUUUGAAGCAAAGCAACCUAAUGCAGGUUAUUGAGUAUCAGAAGAUGGUUAGUUCGAUGCAAAGGUUCAAAGAUGAUUUGGCUGUGAGGGCACUAACAGGCAAAAAGAACAUUCGAAACCAGCAGACACAAGACCGAAUUUUUUACUCUGUGCUGGAGAAAAUGUUACUUGAAGUAGUAGCAGCUAACCAGGGUCCUGGAAACCAGUUUCAUCUGGCUGAACAACAACUUCUGGCUCUUAGAAAAGUUCACCAGUGGUUUGACUGUAAUAAGCAAGUGCUGUGUAAAACAGAUGGGUAUUUUCCCUCUGCAAGAAAAAUCACAGAAGAUAUUUACUCAAAGAAAAACAAACCAAAUUGGCGUAGAAAAGCACAAUGCAAAUCAAAGAGAAACAGUGCUGGUUCUGUUCCAUUUCUGAAGUCAUUAGAAACACAUCUUAUAAAAGUUCGCGAACUUGAGCGAAUCGAGCGAGGUAGAAUGUACCAACAAAGUGGGACCACAAACUCCAUGUUUGCUCCCAGUCCAACCCAGGACCUCACCAGUGUGGACACCAUGACAUUAAGAGACCAAACAAACUACCAAGAAGACUUAGAAUUUUCACGAGAAUCGUAUGAACGCGAAUAUGGGGGUGUUAACAAAAUAGAACAUCUUAACAGACCAAUGACAGCACCUUCUAAACUUAAACUGCAUAAACCUGUUGUGGAACAUAGACUUUCUCAUAGAGACACCUUUGAAGAUGUGGCUACACGCAAUCAAAAUAGACCGCAGAGUGCAAUUGCUGAGGUAAAACAUGACUUAUCUUGGGCCAAAAACUCUCCUAUCCCAUUAUCAAAACUUAUACAAAGAGAAAAAGGAUCUUCUGACGCGGGUAGUAAACAGAAAAUUCGUGUGGUAAUUCCUACAGAAGAGGAAGAAACAAUUGCUCCAAAAACUCCAGAGCAAGUCACUGAUCCGAACAGAAUCGCGAAUUUAGUUUUGUUCAAAGAGUUCUGCUUACAGCAUGCUGCACAACAAGAGUCCUAUUUAAGGCAGUACAUCAACCAUAAGCAUGAAACUAGACAACAUUAUUUGGAAUUCCCUGAAAAUAAAACUGAAAAUGUGGUCAGAGAUACAGCCAACACUUUAAAGGAAAAAACAGAUGAAUUUGGAAAUUCUUUAAAUGAACAAAAUGCAAUGGUUGCGUACAAAGAUAUGUCAUUGGAAGAAUUUCUUAACCAUGAACAAGUUUCAGAAGUGGAAAAACUCUCAGAAAGAAGUUCAUCCGCUCCUGCUAGGUUAACUUUACCACAUGGCAACACUGCAGGCAAAUUACUCGGAAGACGGAAAACACAAACGCCACCGCAUGAAUCUAUAGUCCAACCACGAAAAUCGAAUGUUACGAUGUCUGCUGUGUUUGAAUUAGCUGGUGGGACAGGAGAGCAAAUGAAUUCAGCUAAUCAAGAGGCACUUUCUGCACCAAAGCAUGGUUGGCGGUACCCCAUGGUGCCUGUCAAUCAAAAUGAGAAUGAAGUUUUGAAAAAAGAAGCUUCUGGAGUGUUACUAGCCAUGCAGGAAGGUUCCCAUGUACAACAUAAAGUAAUGAUACCUUUGACUGGAAGUGUAAGGGACGCUUCAACCAGUGUAAAUGAUUCAAGCAGAGAAGCUUUAGAAAAGAUAUCACCACGCUCUGAAACCUCAAACUCAAAACAACAGCGACCAAAAUCGUUCAACUCAAUCAACAACGACAGUGAAAGUUUGUCACGUUGUUCAACAAGACCUCAAUCUAGUCCAAAAUAUUUUACUGGAGUGUCUGCAGUAUAUCGGCAAUACAAAGUCAACAUCGAUGGCGAACUUGGCAACAAUAUGGAUUCUCGUCAGGCCGCUCGUAGUUUGAAUAAAACGCAGACUCGCCCAAAAACUGCUGCGUCAUGGUGCUCAAAUCCUGCCAAUUCCGAAGUAUCUCGAUCUGCUGGAGCUGCAAGUCAUCAUUCUAUUGGAAUGUUGAAACAUAGAAGUGUUGCCCAAUCCAUGAGAGUUAGGAGUGUCGCAAAAUUUGUGAAAAACAACAGCAGAGAAAUUCACUCUGGAAGAUCAUCAGCAAGUUCUUAUGUUGCCCAACUAAGAGCUAAAAAGAGAACAGGAGCAAUUUCUUCUUUUUCAAGACCUAUUGCCAAAAAGAGGGACCCAGUACCCCCAGAAGCCCCCCCACCCCCUCAAUUAUCAUUUGUAAACAUUGUGGCCCCCAUGCACGUGCCGGGGGAUCUCGGUGGAACAACAUACGCAGCACCAGGAGGUGUUUACUGUGGUACAACAGCAGCAGUUGCCAUAGCUACAGAAUACACAGCAGGUCACUAUGAUGAAGACAUGCUAUCAGAUGACCAUUUAAGUUAUGAAGAUUUCCACAGUGUUAUGAAAGAUACAGAGAAAUCUGAUGAUGAAAAAAGUGAAGUCCAGCAAGAUAAUUGGUUGUCACAUUGGCUCUCAGGUGGUCCUCUGGAUGGUGUGGAUAAUGGAGCAACUAACUAUGCAGAUAUAGUCAGUCGUGCUGCAAUACUUGAUUCAUCAGGUGAACGUUCAUAUUCUGAUGAAGGAGUUUCAUCAAAUGGAGCACCUGGUCUUGGCAUGGGUUCCCCGAAAGAAGAACUUACAAUAACGCCAAGGUCUGACCCAUUGCUCACUAACAGAACUCAUGAAAGUAACCUUAGUCAACCAUUUGAUGAUAAAAGGGAAGUUUCUGAUAAAAGUGGCGAAGAAAAUGAUGAUCAGAACAUCUCAAGUGAUGCUGGAAGUCCUAGGUCAUCUUUUUUAUCGCUAGGAUCAAGCGGAAGUGAUAAAAACUUGUCUGACCAAUCUGUAGAUGCUGUUGUUGUUGCUGAAAACAAUAUUGUUGAUGGAAAAAUUAAACGUGUUGAAUUUUUUGAAAAUUUUCAAUCUCUUGAAGAUAAACCAUUGGAAAAUAAAUCAACUGAAAGCAACAAACAACCUGAUCAAGAUGUUGUUCCAAAUGUUGAAGAACAUUCUGUUAGUCUUGAUCAACCUUUUCAACAUGUUGAUAAGUUGUUGAAUGUUGAAAAAAGUAUCGGCAAACUUGAUACAACCCUUGAAGAUGAUUUAAAGCUUUCCAAACAAGGUAUUGAAGGUAGUUGUAAUGAAUCUGUUGAUGUUGGAGAAGUUAAAGAGGAUAAAGAUGCAUCUAAACAUCUAACAGAUCUUGGAAAAGAUGAUUUUGAUAGAAAUGAUGAAGUUGAUGAUGUUGGAAAGGAAAUUCAUGAGAAGAUUCAUGUUGAAGAGGAAGAGAGCGAUUCAACUUCGAAGGAUUCGGAUUCUGGAGGAAAUUAUGAUGAUGUUGGAUCAGAUGAUGCAGGGUCUAAGUGUUCUGGAGAUUUGAAUCACUUACAAGAGCAAUUGCAAAGUGAUGGUUUGAUACAAUGUGAUGAAAAUGUGGAUUUGAAUGAUAAAGAAAACAUAAAAAUACACAGAGAAGCGAUGGAAUCUGUUAAAUUAUCUGUAGUAAGUGAUAAAAUUGGCAAAGGUUCUUUGGACAUUGAUGAAGUUUCUUGUCAAAACUUGACUGUACAAGUAGAAGCAGAUGGAAAUUUGAAAGAGAUUACUAAAAAAGAAACCUUUGAAGAUGAUUCUUUGAGAAGUGGAGGCAAAGAAAAAGAUUCUGAGGAUGCUCUGACCGAGAUUUCCGAGUCAGAUGCUGAUUCGGAGGUUGUGGAGAGUCCUCAUGGAUCAGAAGAGAUAAGAGAAUACUUUGUAAACCAGGAGUGCUCUAUAAAAGUAGUUGUCACUUCUCCUGAGAAAGUAGAGAGGAUGCUGAACUUAAAAAAGAAAAAAGAAGAGAAGAGAAAAGAGAAGUUGUUGAAAAAGGAAAAUGCUGAUUUAAGCCAAAGUGGAAAAAACACUAAAACAAUAUUGAAAAAUCUCAAUAUUGGCAAGAAAGUGUCCGAAAAAAUAGUCAUCCUAGAAAUGGUUGAAAAUAUGAUAGACUCUGCUGUUUUAAACGCUGAAAUGGAUAGUAAGCUUGAAAAUAGUAUACCUGGCUGCUGUGAAGCAAACAUUGAAGUUAAAAAUGCUUCUAAUUCAAAUCUAAUUACCUUGAAAGACAUGACUGCUGUCACUUCAAUGUCACGACCAACAUCAGGUCGUCCUAUCCCAUCCGAAUCAAACGUUCGCGACCCUUUUGUUGAGUUUGUAGCCAGCACAAGGCAGAAGCAAAUAGACAGAAACACAGAUGUUCAAACCAUCUUUCGUGGAUCUGUAAAUUCGGAUGCUUACAAAAAGUUUGAUUCAGAAGAGAGGAAGAUGCAGGAAGAUCAAAGAGAGGCAGCUGUUAUGAUGCAGAGAGCGUUCCGGAAACAUCUUUCUCGAACUAGAGCCGCACGAAAGUUCACUGGAAUUAACUCUGAGUCUUUAGAAUGGGCAAGAGCUUAUAAAGCUAAAUUAAAAGAGAGAAGUGAAAACCGUCAGCGUCGAAUGAGAGAAUCUCGCAGCAGUGGAAGAAACAACCACAGACGUGAAAUGCAGAGAAUUAAAAGGAUAGGUCCGCACACUAAUGUAUAUGAGAUUUAUCACCCUGGUCCUAGCUUGCCAAGCCCAGCAUUGGUACAAGAGAGCGCUUUAGAAAUUCAACGUUAUGUUCGGGGCUGGUUGGUUAGAAAGUCUCUCAACCUACUGAAGGAUAAGGUGUCUGAAAAAUAA